AUGGAAACUAUUCAAGAAAAAGCUAAAUUAGCUGAUGAACGUAUUCAACAAUUAAAAUCACUUAUUGCAACUAUUGGUACGCGACAACUUGAUCCUGAAAUAUAUAUUAAUGUACUUCAAGAAGAAAAUACACGAUUAAAAACACGUGUACAAACUCUUGUUGAUGAAUUAAUUACAUUAGAAAAUCAACGAGGAGUAACACAACAAUAUGAUUUUGUCAACAAGGUUCCUAAGGCUCCUACUCAAUCAGUUACUCAACCAAAAAAACCAGUUGAAGUUCCACAACCACGGACUAAAGCUGCUCCUGCUGCUGCUGCUGCUGCUGCUAGUAGUGAUCAACAAGAAGCUAAAGAUAAAAAAGACAAGAAAAAGAAAGUUACUAAUGAAGAAAAACCAACGAAACCAGUUGCUAAUACUGCAACUGAUAUAACACGAUUUGAUUUACGUGUUGGAAAAAUUGUAUCAGUUGAAAAACAUCCUGAUGCUGAUUCUUUAUAUGUUGAAAAAAUCGAUGUUGGUGAAGAAAAACCACGAACAGUAUGUAGUGGUCUUGUUAAACAUUUACAAACUAGUGAUCUUGAUCAAAAACUUGUUAUUGUUUUAUGUAAUUUAAAACCAGCAAAAAUGCGUGGUAUUACAUCUGAAGCAAUGGUUAUGUGUGCAUCAACACCAGAUAAAGUUGAAAUACUUGAACCACCAAGUAAUAGUAAACCAGGUGAUCGAGUUCAAUGUGAAGGUUAUGAUUGUUCAUCACCGGAUGCUCAAAUUAAAAAAGAAUUAUGCGAUCAAAUUUUACCAGAUAUGACUACAAAUGAUAAAGGUGAAGCAACAUUUAAAGGAGUUUUAUGGAAAGUAGCUAAUGUUCAAGGUCUUAUUAAAUCGAAAACUCUCGUUAAUGUACCUAUUAAAUAA